AUGGGCUCAAUGUCCGAAACGCUACCCGUUGAACCCUUGGGCGAGACAAGUACAGAGUCCGACAACUGUUGUCUGUUAAAUUCUGUCUCCUUUCUCGAACGGCUGUCGUCCAAAAGCUCUUCGCGCGAGGACCGCCUUGACCUGAUCCUCGCUGGCCUACGCAACUCGAUUGAGACUCUGGCCGUUUUCAUCUCAUGCGACAGAUGUGCGACUCGAGUAGAGCAGAACAUGCUGCUUGCCAUGGCGGCUAGACAAAUUGGGGUCAUCUGCGGCAGGAUGGCCAACUGUUGCAAGGCGAUGCAUCAGGGUAGUCUGAGCGAUACAGGCUCCUCGCAGCGGGGAAGUGAGCCUGUCCCCUGUCCGAUUCCGGUUGAUAUUUCGGUUGCCCACGUAUCGCGUCAACCGACGUGA